GGCUGACUAUGUUUCAUAAUUUACCUCGUUACUGGUUUUCGGCUGUACAGUCCAAGUUGUUUCCACGCUAUUUCCUCAGUGGUACUCUGUUCUCUGUGAUUACAUUUGUCACAUUCCUGAGUGCUCAUCCAUUUGGAUCACAUGAUAACAUGCAAACCAAAAUACAGGUGUAUUCACUGAUUGGUGUAAUAGUAUGCACAAUUAGCAACGUAUUUGUCACCCCUGUGAUGAUUGGAUACCUGAAUGAUCGCAACAAAAUUGAAAUGAAAAAGGGUAUUGAUAAGAACCACAUCGGUCACAUCGAUUCCAGCAAAUUUGCCGGUGACCUCAAAUAUAAAGACUUAUCUAAAAAAUUUCUUCUUUACCACGGUAUAAGCUCACUGCUGAAUCUAUUAGCUUUCUGUGCUAAUGUAGUAUAUUUAUAUAUUCUUUCAGCAGGACUGACUAUUUAA